CGCAAGGCAUAAAUGAAAACGAUCUCCAUGAAAUUUUAACUAUCCAUGUGGCAACAAAACAGCAGGCUGGAGAGUGGUUUUGUUAAUUGGGGCCAAUCACAAUACACUACCGUACCCUCUUUUCUGCUAUUGGCGGAAUUCUCGUUCUGUAGGGAAUUUAAACGGACACCCGACGAGCUCCUUGCUUAAUGUAGCUGGUUAUGGUGUCAGUUGUUCCCGGCUAUUUACUGUAUUUGCGGCGAAAAUUCCGGUUGUUGAUUGUUUGCAGAAUCGACUGGAGGAUUUAAAUUGUGAAAUGGCGACUCUUACCACGAGGAAUUUGGCUACUGAUGAAAAUCAGGGGUUUAAGGUGAAGCAGAAGCCCCAGGUGGAGGUCAAGAGAGCUGCUCUGAAAGAAGUUGGAAAUAAAGUUGUUCAACCUAAAGGGAAGGGAGCACCUAACCUGAUCAAAGCUCCUGAGAAAAAACAAGAGACUUUUCCGACCACGAAUUUCCCUGUAGUAAAGCAGACUGCCAACAAGCAACCUAGUAUACAAGUAAAGCAGACUAAAGCAUGUCUUUUGAGAGCUCAGCACAGUAGGUUAAGUAUUUGCAAAGUUCCUGAAAAGAAAACUCUUCCUGCAGCUGAGAGAGCACCCAAAGAAGGACCUGCUCCUGGCUUGAAGCAGGAUCGCGUGUUAAAAAACAUUCAGCAAACUUCCAAUACUGGAGAUUUCAAGCAAAGUUUCAGACCUCAAGAUUCAAAAGAUGGGCCAAUUAAAUGUAAAGAAUCACAACCUGUUACCAAAGUUUCAGAAAAAGAAACCUUAAAAGAAGAAACCAAAACUGAUGCUAAUUCCAGACAUGCCACGUUAAGUGCUUUCUCAAGUAAUCUCCUUGACAGUUCCUGUGUUGUCGAUAUAGAUAAAGAUGAUGAAAAUGACCCUAUUAUGUUGGGAAUGUAUGCCAAAGAUAUGUACAAAUAUUUGCGGGAAAUGGAGGUGAAAUUUCCAAUCUCUCCCCAAUACCUUAAAAACUCUAAAUUGACUGGUAAGAUGAGAGCUACCUUAAUAGAUUGGCUUGUUGAAGUACAAAGAGACUUCGAAAUGAAUUCUGAAACAUUGUUUCUAACUGUUGCUAUUAUUGACAGAUACUUGGAGGUAUGUCUUGCAGUACUUAAUAUUCAAAUAGUUCAAGAAUAUAUAGAUUUAUAACUAACUUAAUUUUUUUCAGAAAAAUCCUGGUACAAGUAGAAAUCAACUACAAUUGGUAGGCACAACUGCCAUGUUCAUUGCUUGUAAAUAUGAGGAAAUGAUGAUUCCAGACAUUACUGAACUAGUGUAUGUUUCUGCAAAUGCAUAUUCAAAGCGAGAAAUUUUACAAAUGGAACUGAAUAUGGUAAAAUCGUUGGACUGCUCAUUUGGACGCCCAUUACCGAUUCAUUUUCUCAGGCGUUACAGUAAAGCUGACAAGGUGGCAGCUUUAACACAUGUUAUGGCAAAAUAUGUAAUGGAAAUGGGAAUUCUGGAGUAUGAACUUUGCCAUAUUGUGCCAUCUCUUCUUGCUGCUGCAGCAUUGUACAUUUCUUUGUGGCUCUCUGAAUGCAAGAGUAGAUGGUCCAUUAACCUAGUAAAAUAUUCUGGCUACACUCUAAAUGACAUUUUACCAGUAGUUAAGAGGCUAAGCAUGGUUUUGGUGACUGCUUCAGACACGAAAUUCCAGGCUAUCCGUAAGAAAUAUGCUCAUCCGAGAAAUUUGCAAGUUAGUGCACUCCCUGUUCUGGAGAAUCUGCCAGAGCUUCUAGAGAGUUUAGGCAAACUAUGAAAAGACUAUGAAAGAACUUUCUGAUUUGGAAAGCAAAUCGCCAGUGCUUUAGUUUUUAGAGCAGAUUUUUCUGGAAUGCAGAAAAACUUGCUUGCUUUUUGUAUAAUUUUAAGUUUUUUAUACUACAUGUGAUGUACAUUUUUGAUAAUUGUAAAGCCUUCAUGUAAGAUCUAGUAUUGUGUACAUAUGUUAUUUUAUACUCUUUAUUUUGUAAUUGCAUCAUAGAUGUAACAAUUCAAUGAACUACUAGUUACCUUGUAUCCACUAAAUUCAAUGCAAAUAAAUGAAAUCUACGAAACGGCAAUCUUAUUUACACACACCCCUUCCCCUUCAUUCCCUCUUCCAAUGUCCGUUGCACGGUGCGGUGACAGCAAUCUCAGCUGAUGCACGCGGGUUGUACGUCACAGUCGGAUCCUGUAUAAACAUGGAGGAAGUCGUGAGGAAUGCCAAAGGAUCAUGAAUAUUGGUAGGCCGUGACCAACGUAUCCACUUAAAAAUUAUAUUGCAAUCUUUCAGUGCAGGAUUUCAUCUGGAGGAAUUUCAGUGUCUGAAUCGGUCGGUAAAAUGCCUCGACCUUUACCUGAAGGGCAAGGAGCUGCUGGAUCAGGUAACAGUUUCAUCAGUAAACCUGCCAGGGGAUGGUUACAUUCAGAUCAAAUGAUCACCAAAGAAGGGAUCACUUAUGCUGUUAGGUACAUAGGUUGUUUGGAAAUUCUUACUUCUAUGAAAAGCCUUGACUUUGACACUCGGUCACAAGUUGCCAAGGAAUGCAUCAAUAGGGUUUGUGAAGCAGCUGGUCUAAAAACAGCUGACAAAAAACGAAAGGUUGAAAAACGUGUUCAACGUGCCAUAGCAGACCAGCCAAAGAUGGAACAUGCGGGAGCAAAUGUUAAUUUGACCAUUUCCAGUUGCAGUCUUGUUCUUACAGCACUUGAAUCUGGACGCGUUAUUGCUGGCCAUGAUAUGCCUAGAAUUUCAUUUGCAUCAGGUGGUGAUACGGAUACUCUGGAUUUUGUAGCUUAUGUAGCUAAAGACCUCAAAGAUUGGCGAGCAUGCUAUGUUUUAGAAUGUGGUGGAGGUUUAGCUCAAGAUGUCAUCACCACCAUUGGUCAAGCUUUUGAAUUGCGUUUUAAAGAAUUCCUCACUCGCCCCUCUUAUGUCACAAGCACUUUAAAUGGGGAUGAUCGAGACUACUAUAACGAUCUGCCCGGUAAAAUUCCUCCAGAGCUGAGUCCUCCUCCUGUGCCUCCUCUGCCCAACAUGCAUAGCACACAAACCAUGAACAAGUCCUCUGCAUCAGCCUCAACUAGUAGCACACUUCCAAGAGAACAUCCGCCAGUCCAACAGAGAGAUACAAACGACAGAACAGUAGCAAGGGAACCUGUGUCAGUAUCAAGCAACUUGAUUGAUCUGAAUUGUGAGGCACCACCUCCUCCAAUACCUGCCCCUCGGAGAGAACAUGAUUAUGUUAAUGACAUUGUUAUUAAUAAUAACAGGGAUGUUUUUGAUAUGCAACCAUUCAGUUCUGCAAUGACUUCUGAAGCAAUAACACCGGCUUCUCAAAGAAUUCAAUUGCAAAAGGAAAUAUGGUUCCAUGGUCCAGUAAGUCGACAGGAAGCUGAAAUGCUUUUGGCAAAGGAUGGUGACUUUCUUGUGCGAGAAUCUCAGGGUUCACCUGGUCAGUAUGUGUUGACAGGUAUGCAAGGUGGCAUAAAGAAGCAUUUGCUUUUAGUGGAUCCCGAAGGAGUAGUUCGAACAAAGGAUCGUAUGUUUGAAAGUGUAAGCCACCUCAUCAAUUAUCACUUCGAAAAUGAAUUGCCUAUAAUCUCAGCGGAAAGUGCACUUGUACUACGACGACCUGUUCAUCGGCAACAGCCAUCUUGAAUUAAUGUUUUCCAUGUAUCAUAUCGUACUCCAAUUCAAUGUACUUGACUCAUUUGCUGCUUUAUUCUUGAUUCAUCAUCAUCUUGUAUCUAAGAAAUGAAUCUCUGUAUAUGUGGAUAUUUUAAAUACUGAUGUUGUUAUGUAGCUUAUUCUACAGAAAGUUCAUCACAUAUUUGUAUAGAUAUUAAUUUGUAAGUAUGUAUUCAUAUUUUUUUAAACUUUGAGGGAAACGGCAAUGUAAAUACUUCAGUGAGAUGAACUGGAAUUGAAACUAUAAUGAAGGCGUUACAUUUUAGUCCUCAUGAAUACUUAUAAGACAGUUUUGUAUCUAAAUAAUAUAAGUUCAGUUAUUCAUUUAGAAGCUAUUUUAUUUAUAUGAAAAAAAAAGUUGCCUAAUCCUUCUUUACUGCCAUAUCUCAAACAUUCCUUUAUUGUGUAUUGUUAUUAUUAGUAGAAAAUAACAAGUUGUUUCUGCAAAUUGACUGCUUUGGUAUCUUUGUAAAUUAAUUUUGUGAGAUUUAGAAAUUCUCAGCUCAAAAAUGAAACUGCUCAAUGUUUAAUGCACAUAUGCCAUUUGUCUGCAAUAUUGUAUUUGAACUAUUUUACGGCUUCUUGGAUUUUGACUUCAUAGUUAAUCGUCUAGAAAGUGUGUUUUCUUAGUGCAGUUGUACCACUUUAUCAUCAUAGUAAAUAACCUGAAAUAAAUAUUAAAGAUUUCAAAAUGAAUCAUACUUGAACAUUCUGGCCCAAGAAAAUAGUAUAUGAACAUGAAAAAAUGUAAUUAUGUCUCAAAAUGUAACUGACUUAAGUACUAUUUUCAUAAUAUAUAUUGAUAGAAAUUUCUGUUACUAGCACUAAUAUGUGCAAUUACAUUUUUAUUAAGAUAAUUAGUUAUUGCAGAGAAUUAGUAGCAUACAUUGUCAUUCCUAAAAGAAAAGUCAGUGACAUAAUAUAUUACACGUAUUCUGCCAAAUCAUGGUGCCUUUUAAACUGUGCUUGGAACGUUGAAAUUCCAUGCAGCUUGUUUAAUACUUCAUUUGAAACAAAUUGUAAAGAGAUUGAGAAAUUGAUAUUUUAGAACUUUCCACAUGAAACUUCAUGUAUGUAUGUAAAUAUAAUAAAUCAGCUUACUCAGAAUGUCAUAACUAUUUUGUAUGUAUUUAUAACUAACCCAUGUAAGGAUUGAAGAUUUUCUGUAAUGUGAUGUAAUACUUGCCAACAGUUAGAAACAAUAUGAAAUUUCACUUGUUAGCAGGUGAGGUGCUCCCGUAAGGUUCCGCAUGGCUUUUAGGCAUAGAUGUCUUUACUAACACCCAUUUUUCUCUGGAACCAUUAGUGACAAUUUUAAGAGCUAACGUGCAUGUAUUGGCUGCACUGGAGGUUGCAUUGCAACGUUAAUGUGGAAGCGAUUCCGAAGAUAGCGGCUUUGUGUUCUUCGAGCACCUCCGCGUGCUUUGGCUCCCUCUUGCUAACAGGAGCGAGUUCGAUGUAAACUGAAAGGGAGUAGAUUUUUUCUCGCCCUGACACUGAUUAUCAAAAAGAAAAAUAAUGUUUAUUUUAAAAAAACAUCGAUAUAUGUAAUGAAUUACAUUAAAUUGUAUUGUAUAUUU